ACACAGUGUGAUAUUUACUGUGCUGUUGUUUCUCUUGCUCUGUUUCUCUUCCUUCCCGCAGGCUCGUCUCCGGGUUCUUGCCGGAUCUACUUCCGGCGCAACGUGAUGUGGUCCCCAAAGCCGUGGCGCGACCAGGAAUAUGCCCCCUCCGAGGCUCUGUCUGACAGCGACUCUGAGGAGGAAGAUUUCCCCGACAAAAGUUCCAAGUCUCUGGGAGAUUACAUCACACAAGGCUUGAAGCAGCUCCUGAAUGCCCAGCAGCUGUGUGAUGUCACUCUGGCAGUGGAAGGGAAGAAGUUCAUGUGUCACAGGGUGCUGCUGGCCUCAGUCAGCCCGUAUUUUCGUGCUAUGUUCACCAGCCCGCUCGUGGAGUCCCGUCUGGCUGAGAUCCGUCUGGAGGAAGUGACACCGGAAGUGGUUCAGACUGUCGUUCACUUUGUCUACACCGGGGAGGCGGGGCUGACCCCCGACACUGCCGAGGACCUCUUCGUCGCGGCCAAUCGGCUGCAAGUUCUCCCUCUGCAGGACCUGUGCGCCAGGUUCCUCUUCGAGCAUCUCUCCCUGGAUAACUGCCUGGGCAUGUACUCCCUGGCCCGCUCUCACCACGACACCCUGCUGCUGCGCGCCUCCCUGCGGCUAGUCGCCCACAACUUCCCCCGCGUGUCCCGGCAGAAAGACUUCCUGCUGCUGGACCCGGGCACCCUGGGCAGCCUGCUCUCCUCCGACCGGCUGGGAGUGGAGUCCGAGCUGGAGGUGUACCGGGCAGCCCGGCGCUGGGCCCAGCACCAACCUAGGCAGCGCAACCAGCACCUCCCCGCCCUGCUGAGCCACCUGCGCCCGGGGCUGCUGGCCGAGGAGGAGCGGAGGAAGGUGCGGGAGGAGCUGGGGUGGGGAGGAGGCAGUGUCGCCCCCCCCAGGCCCAGGGAGGGCAUGUUCGAGAAAAAGAUCGUCUGCAUCGAUCUCAAGCCCCGGGGGGACCACGAGCUGUCGGGCCCGGGCUUCGCAGUGGACUGCUUCGACCCGCGGACCGGCCGUUGGGAGAAGCUGGCAGACCUCAAGUCUGUGACGGGGCCUGGCUGCGCGGCGGUGGGCGAUCGGCUCUUCGUAGCCGGGGGGGUGCAGGGCAGCGGCGUGGUCUCGGACACGCUGCACGAGUACAACCCCGUGGCGGACCGCUGGACUGAGCGCCCCCCCAUGGCUGUGUCCAGGGUGAUGCACGGCUUCCUGGGCGCCUGCGGGAAGCUCUACGCCUUGGGGGGCUGCAACCGGGCCUCCUUCCUGGACUCUGUGGAGGUGUACGACCUGCAGGCCAACGCCUGGGCCCCUUCCCCGCCCCCCGGCUCCAGGAUGCCCCUUCCACUGCGCUCCUUCGCCGCGGCCUCCCUGCGGGGGAAGCUGUACCUGCUAGGCGGCACCACGAUGGAGGAGAGCCGGGCCGCCGUGCACCACGGGGUUCUCAUCUACAACACGGCACUGGACCACUGGGCCCGGGUGCACCUGGAGACAGGGGCCACCUUCUGCGCGGGCGGGGUGGCGGUGAGGGGCGGGGUCUGCGCCGUGGGGGGCUACUGCCGGGAUGCCAGCAAGUUCACCGACGGGAACUACACCCGUCUGGAGCCCAUGGACGCAACCGGCCGCGUGCUGUUCUUCCGCGAGGGCCGCGGGUCCAGCCGCGAGGUGGCGGGGGCGGUGCAGGGAGCCGCGCCCGUGGUGUUCCCAGGGCUGCCUCGCCGCAUCGCGGCGGGCGGCGUGGCUCGCUGGAAGAGGCGCAUCUACGUGCUUGGGGGAGAGAACGGCGCGCGGUUCUACGACAGCGUGUACUGCUGGAAGCCCGGCUGGAGGAGCUGGGUGCAGAGGAGGGAGAAGCUGCCUCUGGAGACCGGGGGGGUCAGCCAGUUCGGCUGCACCACACUGAAGUUCCCCAAGAAACACAUCCUGUCCCGUCUGAGGGCAUUCGAGGAAGAGGGAGAGAGCGACUGAGAGACACCUGACUGUCUGCACGGCAUUCGGAGUAGGGGUACCGUCCACCCCAUAGGGUCUGGUUUGAGUUUCACCCCUUCAAAUGAGUUUAAUACUCACAGCUUGUGGACUGAUAAAAACAACAGCAAGAAACACCAGCAACGCAUCGCCAUGAUCUGUUCUGUUCUUGUGUUCUCUUUUUAGAGGGGGAG